AUGCCACGAUCAAACUCGUUCGUCUCCAACGCAGGGGAGGAUCACCUGAGCCUGCCCUCACGACACAAUACCCUCAAGAAGAAGAAUUCUUUGCGAAGAAAUGGCAGUCUGAAGCGCAGUGGUAGUCGUCGAAGCAUGAAGGCUGGGAGUGUCCGCAGCCUAGCCUUACAAUCGACUUCAGACCCCGACGAAGCGCACAGCGCUUUUCACUGCCCCGUCCCGACGUCUGGUAAUCCAACCGAGGCUCUGUCUAACAGAUUUCAAUCUUGGCGCAAGAUACUCAAGGAUCUCAUCGCAUAUUACCGCGAGAUCCAGACUUACUACGAGCACAAGUCUAAGUCGCUCCUGAAGUUGGCCAAUGUUGCCAACAACAUUUCAACCCCGCCUGGCUUUCUCGAAUCGGGGGGUAUCGACGAUGCCUUGCAAAUUCUCCGCACUUAUCACAAGGGUGCCAUCCUAGAGUCGAAUAAAGCCAAGGAAAUUGAGGAGGAUGUCAUCUUGGCACUCACAGGUCUAAGGAGCGAUCUGCACCAAAAGAUCAAAGAGAUCAAGAAUCUUUCAGGCGAUUUCAAGAAUUCUGUUGAAAAAGAGAUGGAUGGGACAAGACGGGCUGUGAAGACAUUGCAGGACACAAUAGGUCAGAGUGAUCUUGAUCCUUCGUUGACGACUGGGAAGCAAGAUCCUUACCUUCUACGUCUUGCUGUGGACCGACAAGUCGAGCGACAAAUAGACGAGGAAAACUACCUUCACCAGGCGUAUCUCAACCUCGAAAAUUCAGGUCGCGAGCUGGAGUCCAUCGUCGUCGGCGAAAUUCAGAAAGCGUACAAUGCGUACGCCGGCAUCCUCAAGCGCGAGUCCGAUGCAGCUUACAGCGCGAUUGACGAGCUACGCAUUGGGCCCAUAACCAUGCCCAAGGAUCACGAAUGGGCAUACUUCGUUCAAAAGGACGACCAAUUUGUGGAUCCAAACAUCCCGAUACGGUCCGCCGAGCACAUCCAUUAUCCUGGCCGAGACCAUGUCGCUUGCCAGGAGAUACGUGCGGGACUUCUUGAGCGUAAGAGCAAGUAUCUUAAGAGCUACACGGCUGGUUGGUAUGUACUGUCUUCGACUCACCUACAUGAGUUCAAAUCAGCGGAUAAGGGCCAGGCCCCCGUCAUGUCGUUGUAUCUUCCAGAACAGAAACUAGGAUCCCAUUCAAGCGAGGGAGGAUCAUCCAACAAGUUCAUACUCAAGGGUCGCCAGACGGGUUCGAUGCAUCGCGGCCACACGUGGGUUUUUCGGGCCGAAAGCCACGACACAAUGAUGGCAUGGUACGAGGACAUCAAGGUACUCACCGAGCGUACGCCACAAGAACGAAGCGAGUUUGUGCGAGGACAUGUGCGGAGCUUAAGCCAGUCUUCCCAUCGGUCAACCAGUAGUGACGGCGUUCUCGACGACGAUGAUGACGAACCGUUUUCGGCCGAUACAGCAGUCGCAGCCAGCACGAGUUCGAGGCAGGACUUGCGCCGUCCCGAAGCAGGUGGGCGGUUUCCAUCCGACAUCCAGGUCAACGCGCAGCGAGGCUUACAGGCACCUCUUUCGCCAUCUAGUGUGAGCUCGGGAUUUGAUAACUGGGACAGAGACGCGGCUGCGCAGGCGUCGGCUUUGCCUGGCGGCAUGUUGGGCACCGUCCAUCCAAACGGAUAUGGGGGCACAGCACGGACUCCCAUGGAAGAGACGCCAUCCAAUGCGGCCUUGGUCAGUCAACAAGCAAAGGAAGAUGGGGUUAACCCGUACACCAAUGAGCCUCUGCGCCGCUCUCAGUCUUUGCACAAGGAUUCCCAGGCAGCAUACCUGUAUGCUACAGGCAUGCAGAGGGCACACAGCCAGCAAGCUGCACCAACCAGACCCGAGGAAGAUGUUCAGCGAACGUCGUCUAUAGAUCAUAACCGCGGACUCGAAACACCAGGUGGCAAUAGCCAGUACGGCCAAUGGAUGAAUGGACACGCAAGGUCGAGUCAGGUUACUUCCAGCACCGACAACCAGCGGCAAGAUGCGAGCGAUUAUUCCGUACCAGCUAAACCAGGCAACGAUGAUAUCAACGUGGCUGCGGCGGCAGCAGGCACGAGUGCUUCGCGCGGUUUGAAUAACAUACACACGCAGCAAAGCGGUACCUCGAGUGGAACACCUAACCCCAGAAAUCAGGAUCUUUUCCGCCAAACGCUAUCCGCUCCUAGGCCGACGGCUGGCACUGUAAGGAAUGAUAGCGUCCCGACGAUUUCCAAUUUACAUAUUCCAGGAGAAUACCCCAAGGGCGGGUCGACUGCUGUUGAUGCCAGACACUAG